AUGGAUGACUGGACCAGCACCACCAAGAUCGGCAGCAAGCACCGUGGCGCCGGUAUGGCUCCCCGUGAGACUGUCGUCAAGGGCAAGAGUGCCCUGAACGCUGCCCAGCGCCAGGGCGGUGUCCUCGCUACCGAGAAGAAGUACACCACCGGAAACAUCUCCGCUAAGUCCGGUGCCCCCGAAGGCCAGCACCUCACAAAGGUUGACCGCAGCGACGACAUCAUCAAGCCCAAGACCGUCGGCUUGGAUGUAGCAGACGCCAUCAAGAAGCGCCGUACCGACGAGGGCUACAAGAUGACCCAGAAGGAGCUCGCCACCAAGUGCAACACCACCGUCACCAUCAUCCAGGACUUUGAGCGUGGAUCCGCCACCCCGGAUCAGAAGGUGCUCUCUGCCAUGGAGCGCGUGCUAAACGUUAAGCUCCGUGGUAGUGAUAUCGGUAAAGAAAAGUUCCCCAAGAAGAAAUAA